AUGAUGUCGACCAAACAUCUCUUGCCAGAUUUGACCUCUCUAUUCGCGUUCCGACACCUACCCACCAAAGUCGAGACCCCUAUCGACUCGACUGACAGCUCCGAUACUUUCAUCUCAUCAGCUUCUUCAGGAGAUUCAUCCCCCAGUGCUGUCCUUUCUCUCAACCAGUCAUCGGGAGAUCACAAGUGGACUUCCGAAGAUCUCGAAUCGUACUUCCACAGAGCUCUUGAGGCAGACCUCCCGUCGUCGCCGUCGCCGCCACUAACCAUCAGUUAUGAAGAAGCGUUGAUUUCCGUAGGGUGGCAGAUGGACAAUCCUUAUAUCCUUACGGGGUAUCGUCAAGCUUUGGGAUCAGUCAGAGGAUGUGUGUAUAGUAUAUACGGAUAUUUACACAACGAAACAUUCAAUAUCCUAACUCAUUUAAUCGGAUCGAUAAUGUUCAUCGUUAUCUUAUCGAUUCAUAUCGUCCUCGAUCUGCCCUUGCUCUCAAGUUCCACCCCAACUACUUCCAAUUGGAGAAUAACGAAAUACGAUUCAGAGGAUAUCGUGGUAUUAGCUAUAUAUCUCGUGGCAUGUACCAUAUGUCUAGGUAUGAGUGCAUCGUUUCAUAUCCUCAAUUGUCAUUCGGCGAAAUUAUCCCACAGAGCACAUAGGUGCGAUUAUGCUGGUAUAGUCGUUCUGGGAGUGGGAAGUAUCUUACCUGUCAUACAUUAUGCUUUCCACGAUGAAGUGUUUUGGCAACUGAUAUACUCAGGUAUUAUCAUUAUCACAGGAAUGAUAUCAGCUGUUAUCGUCCUAUCUAAGAAAUACCGACGUCGAAGAAUCCUUCGAACAUCCACAUUCCUAUUCCUUGGAUGUUCAGCUACGAUCCCUAUCGUCCAUAUAAUCAUUAAUGAAGGGUACGAUCAUGCCAAGCAGACUAUCGCAGUAGAUUGGAUAUUCAAAGCUGGUGUCACAUAUAUCCUAGGUGCUGCUAUCUAUGCCACAAGAUAUCCUGAAAGACUCUAUCCAGGCAAAUUCGAUAUCUUCUUUUCAUCCCAUCAGAUCUUCCAUUCGUUAGUGGUUGUAGGUACUUUGUGUCAGUAUAUAGCUUUGAGAAAGAUGAUAUCGUAUAAGAUUGGUAUGGCCAUGGGAAGGGGUAUGAACGAGGGUUACGCGUAG